UGAAGUGGGUCCCCAGGGGGCAGGGUCUGGGGCAGAGGCGGCUGCAGUGGGCGGAUUGAUCGCUAGGACCCAGGAGCAGCCGGGAGGCGGCUGUGGGGCAGCGAGCGCUGGGCUCCGGCCCGGCAGCAGGAAGUGACUCGCAGCCGCUGCGGUGACUCUGGCUCCCAGGCUCCUGGCGAGAUCCCCGAGCCCCGGCGGCUGGUGCUGGGAGCCCGGAGCCCUGGCUGCAGCCGGGAGAGGGGAAUCUCCAGCAGGGCCCUUCCCGCUGCUCCCCAGGAGCCUCUCCCAGGGCAGAGCCCCCAGCCCGGCCCGGCCCCUGCCCCGGGGGGCCCCGCUCGGAGGGAAGGCUGAGGAAUCGCAUCCAUGUUUCAGUCGAGAUGGACCCGUCUUCCAGGAGGCAGGGAAGGGAAAUGUCUGUGAUGGAGCAAUCUUCGAUGCCGGUGAGCUUCGAGGAGGUGGCUGUGUAUUUCACCCAGGGGCAGGGGGCUCUACUGGACCCCGCUCAGAGAGCCCUCUACAGGGAUGUCAUGCAGGAGAACUACGAGACAGUGACCUCGCUGGGAUUUUCCGUUCUGAAACCUGAGCUGAUUGUCCAGCUGGAACGAGGGGAAGAGCCGUGGGUGCCCGAUCUCCAGGCCUGCAAGGAAAGAAGGCUUCUGAGAUGCCCCCAUACAGCAGGUGCUGAGCGAGGGAGUGAGAAUGAGGACGGGAAUCAUCAUGAGGAAGUUCCUGGGGAAGUGGAACCACAGGGGGCCUUUGUGGAAAGAGCUGAAGGGAAUUUUCCCUGGUGCUUGGAGCAGGCAGAAUCCUGGGGAAAUUGGAACAGGUCAGAGAGGCUGCUGGGAAACCACCCAGGGAAGAAAGUGGAUGAAUCUAUUAACGGUGGGGGAAGAGAGGAGGAUCCCAGAGUGCAGCAGACAAAUCUCAAGGAAGAAACACCAUGGCACUACCUUCAGUGUGGGAAAGAAUUCAUUGUGAGAUCACAGCUUGUGACACAUCAGACAAUCCAUACUGGAGAGAAACCCCUUCAAUGUUUGGACCAUGGGGAAAGCUUCAAUAAGCUCUCAGAUCUUAAUAAUCACGGGAGAAGCCACACUGGAGAGAAGCCCUCUCAAUCCCUCAAAUGUGGGAAAUGUUUCAUUUCGAAGACACAAAUAAUUAGAUAUCAAUUAAGCCACACAGGGGAAAGACCCCAUAAGUGCUUGGAUUGUGGGAAAAAUUUCAUAAGGAGGUCACUCCUUGUUCAACAUCAGGCAAUCCACACAGGAGAGAGACCCCACAAGUGCUUGGACUGUGGGAAAAGUUUCAUAAGAAGGUCGGACCUUGUUAAACAUCAGGCAAUCCACACAGGAGAGAGACCCCACAAGUGCUUGGAGUGUGGGAAAAGUUUCAUAAGAAGGUCAAACCUUGUUAAACAUCAGGCAAUCCACACAGGAGAGAGACCCCACAAGUGCUUGGAGUGUGGGAAAAAUUUCAUGCAGAGGUCACGCCUAGUUCGUCAUCAGGCAUUACACACAGGAGUGAAACCCCACGAGCGCUUGGACUUAGGGGAAAGUUCCAUAAGAAGGUCUCACCUUGUUCAACAUCAGGCAAUCCACACAAGAGAGAGACCCCACAAGUGCUUGGAUUGUGGGAAAAGUUUCAUAAGAAGGUCACACCUUGUUCAACAUCAGGGAAUCCACACAGGAGAGAGACCCCACAAGUGCUUGGACUGUGGAAAAAGUUUCAUAAGAAGGUCAGACCUUGUUCAACAUCAGGCAAUCCACACAGGAGAGAGACCCCACAAGUGCUUGGACUGUGGGAAAAGUUUCAUAAGAAGGUCACAGCUUGUUCAACAUCAGAGAAUCCACACAGGAGAGAGACCCCACAAGUGCUUGGACUGUGGGAAAUGUUUCACAGAGAGGUCAAACCUUGUUAAACAUCAGGCAAUCCACACAGGAGAGAGACCCCACAAGUGCUUGGACUGUGGGAAAGGUUACAUACAAAGGUCAGACCUUGUUAAACAUCAGGCAAUCCACACAGGAGAGAGACCCCACAAGUGCUUGGACUGUGGGAAAUGUUUCACAGAGAGGUCAAACCUUGUUAAACAUCAGGCAAUCCACACAGGAGAGAGACCCCACAAGUGCUUGGACUGUGGGAAAGGUUACAUACAAAGGUCAGACCUUGUUAAACAUCAGGCAGUCCACACAGGAGAGAGUCCCCACAAGUGCUUGUAUUGUGGGAAAAGUUUCAGAAGAAGGUCACACCUUGUCUAUCAUCAGGUAAUCCACACAGUAGAGACUCCAGAGGUACUUGGACUACGGGAAAAGUUUCAUAUGGAAGUCUGACCUCAUUAAACAUGGAAGAAUCCACACAGGAUCUAAACCUCUGUGACACAUGGCAAGAAAGGAUUAAGCAACUAGCAUGUAAUUGUUUCGCUGGGGGUAGGGGCUGAACGUUGGAGAGAAUGUUUAUAGCUGAAAUCACCAAAAUGUGUUUUGCAAGGUUAGUGUUAAUUGGAUCUGUUCCGCUCUCCUGCUCAGACAUUUUCUGUGGGGAUCCCGGAGACGGAAAGGAGCAGAUGUUACCAUCUUGACUGCCAAUCUCCACAGUGACUCUUUACACUAACAAUUCUCAAACUGUGGGCAGAGCCUCCCAAUGGAGGGACAGGAAUGUGUCAAGGGAGGUGUGACCUCUGUGUGGUGUGUGUUUGUUUUUUAAAGAGCACUGGCUGUCGGUGCCAGGUGGUUGGAGCUCAUGAAGAAGGAACAGGCCCAUGUGGGAGGUGGGGAUAAAUGCUCAAGCUCUCAAACCCAGGUGGAGAAGCAGCACAGAAGUAGAGGUGUCACUGGGGGGAUAAGUCUGCUGUGAACAGCGAUAUUGAGGAAUAUCACUUUUCACGUGGCCACCCUCACUUCUGUGCUGCUGUUGGAGGGCUUCAGAGCUGGUCGCAUCGCCAGCAUGUACUCUGCCAUUAGAGCUGGGUGGCAAUAUAUGUGCUUGUGAGGGUGGGGGCGUUAAUGACCAAAGACACAAAGAAGGCGGGGCAGGGAGGGUGGCUGAUGAAACACUUUUAAGAACCACUGGUCUACGCUAUUAUGGUCACCACACUUACAAAAUGAUAAAUCUUCUCCAAAGUAUGUCCUGUGAGGUAUCAUAGGAAAAGUCAUCAUCUGCUGAAUAUUAUUGUCUGGUUAAAAUGUGUCUGUCAAGUUUCCUGGGCCUCCCCGCCCCAUCUGGGAGCAUCACAGAGCUGAAGCUGGCAGGCCCCUCCCAUCCCCAAAGCCGGGAGCAGUGGGGAGGCUGAACCUGGGAGCCCCAAUGCCUCCUGAAUCUGAGAGUUGUACUGGGAGCCCCCCUGCCACUACACAGCCCCUAGCUACCCCCUGCCCGCUCACAGCCCCUAGCUACCGCCCUGCCUGCACCCCAAGCUACCCCCCUAUCUGUACACAGCCCUUAGCUACACCCCUGCCCAUACCUUGAGUGUUUUUCAAGCUUUUUGAGCUGAGUCCCCCCCUCACUGAGUUAUGUUUUUUGGUUGCAUCCACCCACUACCCAGACUGGGUGGCCUCCUGAGUGAGUCAGGGGGUGGGGGUGCCACGCCUACCCUGGACCUUGUUGUGCACAGCUGGCUUAAGCCCUGCCAGCCCCUCCUCCCCCCACCAAAUAGAAGUAAAACUAUGCCUAUGCCCAAGGAUGUCCCCAGGCCUGGUGCCACACGCUCCUCCACCCCUCUCCCCCACUUGGGCCCUUGCAUUUUUAUAGGAUGCAGAAGGGGCAUCAGCAAGAAAAAAGUUGAGAAUCCCUGCCCUGAAGGACGGCUGGACGCUCAGGCCAUAGACUGACUGUUGCCUGCCCCCUGGUUGGGGGGUGAACCUCAAAGAGGAGAGUGGUACAAAAGCCCAAGGGAAACUGGCCUCCAUUUUUACCUCUCCUCUUCCAUCUUUACAGAAGGCAAGAAUACGCCUUGAAAGGCAACAGGGGCCUUGGAAUGGGGAGGACGGACCAAGGCUGGAAGAAAAUCCAGCCUGGGUACUCAGAACUGUGACCUGCCUGCAACAGCAAGUGGGGUGGGAAAACUUGUUUGCUUCACAUUUUCCUUAGUUUAGUAAUAUUUAGGACUUAAAAAAAUAGAAAUUUAAACAUGCAUUUUAACUAUUCUGACCUUUUACAUCUUUCUCCCUUGUAAUUCCUGAAAACCCCCUUGCUCCAGUUAAUAAACUUAUUUUAGUGUUUUGUC